AAGAAGAAGAAGAAGAAGAAGAAGCUGAGGAGAAGAGUAUUUUCCUGGAAAUCGUUUCCUUUCUGCGUUUACUCGUCUUGACCAGCUUAACAGUUAAUCAUCCCCUUCCCUAAUAUUCCAUAUAACCCAACAGGAAUUGCACGGAUAAACUAGUGCAAACACAGCUCACUACUACUCCACUAAGAAGCAGAAGAUCCAUCGAGCACAGCUAAUUUUUCCCCAUAAGAAAAACUACGACUACUUAAUGGAAGGAGGUCAUCACAGAGAGGUUUCGAACUACGAUCUUCAUCAGCAGCUUUCGUUUUCCAACAGUAUUCCUCCCGAAGAACAAGCGAACCACCACGAAAUGGGGUUUGUACAGUUUGAAAAUCAUCAUCAUCAAAAUCAAGUUUUGAGCUUCUUGGCACCCUCUCCUGCACAACAGUCACAUCCCCCACCACCGCCGCCGCCUCAGCAGCAGCCUUCUUCUUCUUCUUCUCAUCAUCAUCAGACAGCUGCGGUGAACAGUAGCAUCACUGUCACAACCACCGCUGCUACAAACACCAACAUGGGGUUUAGUCACAGUCACGAUCUUGUUACAAGACCUUCCUGGAAUAUCAACGACCAGGCUGGAACGCUGGAUCCAAAGGGUGUCACUGAUGAAAACGGAACCGGUAAUGGUAGCGAUUGCAGCAAUUCAUGGUGGAGGAACUCAAACUCAGAGAAAAACAAGAUGAAGGUGAGGAGAAAGCUCAGAGAGCCAAGAUUUUGUUUCCAAACCAGGAGUGAUGUGGAUGUGCUUGAUGAUGGUUACAAAUGGAGGAAAUAUGGCCAGAAAGUUGUCAAGAACAGCCUUCAUCCUAGAAGUUACUACCGGUGUACUCACAGCAACUGUCGGGUGAAGAAGAGGGUUGAAAGACUGUCUGAAGAUUGUCGUAUGGUGAUAACAACCUAUGAAGGUAGACACAACCAUAUCCCUUCAGAUGACUCUAAUUCAUCUGAGCACGAAUGCUUUACCUCUUUUUAACUCUAUUUAUGUUUAUGUUCAUCUUUAUAUGGCUACAGAUGAUGUACUCAUUAUGAUUAUU